CGUUAUUUUGGAUCAUCACUCAGCUCAUUGACAGGAUCCGGACUUGUGAUACUCGGUUUUUGCGAGCAGAAAUGGCAACAGUUGAAGUUAUCUCAAAUCAGAACGUGGUGGAGAGGGUGACUAGCCUUCCUCUGGUGAGUUCCACCUACAGUAUGGUAUUCAGUGUGUAUGCCAACACCAAAGACAACCACCCUUACAUCAGGACUGUGUGUGAGGCUGCAGAGCAAGGGGUCCGCACCAUCACCUCUGUGGCCCUCACCACUGCGUCACCCAUCAUCGGCAAGCUGGAACCCCAGAUUGCCAUUGCCAAUGACCUUGCCUGUAAAGGUUUGGACAAGAUUGAGAAAACCUUGCCAAUUCUUCACCAGCCCUCAGAGCAGAUUGUCUCCAGUGCCAAGGAUGUUGUAACCAACGCUAAAGAUGUUGUGACGGGCAGAGUGUCUGGAGCCAAGGACACUGUCUCUGACACUCUGAGCAGUGUUGUGGAAAAGACUAGGGGUGUGGUGCAGGAUGGGAUGGAGAAGACGAAGGCUGUCGUCAGUGGGAGUGUAAACACAGUACUGGAAAGCAGAGUGGUCCAGCUGGUCAGCAGUGGAAUGGACACAGCCCUCAGCACAUCUGAGAGUCUGGUGGAGCAGUAUCUCCCUCUGUCAGAGGAUGAACUGGAGCCGGAGGCAAAAGCUGUGAAAGGCUUUAACAACAAGGAACCGAGCUACUACGUCCGCCUGGGCUCUCUCUCUGCCAAGCUUCGAAAGCGAGCUUACACCAGAGCCAUGGCCAGAAUACGUGAUGGCAAGCAGCGCAGCUUAGGAUUCAUCUCCGAACUCAACUCCACUGUUGAUCUGAUUGAAUAUGGCAAAAAGAAUCUUGGUGGUGCUAACCAGAUGGUGAACAACAAGCUGAAUUCCUUGGUGUCAUGGAAGCCCAGUAGUCCAACCCAGGGGAAUGGUCACCAAGCAGAGGUAAUAGAGUCUCGUACCUUGGCCCUGGCACGCUCCCUCACCCAACAGCUCCAAACCACCUGUCUGGUCCUCGUCUCCAGCCUGCAGGGCCUCCCUAACCACAUCCAGCAGGAGGCGCUCUCUCUCAGCCACUCUGCUGUACAAAUCUACAAUAACUUCAGCAAAGCUAAAGUUCUGGGAGACCUGCCAGAUAGUGUGUUAGUCAACAGCAAAGUCCAGCUGGGAAAAAUGAAAGAUUCCCUGGACAACGUCAUGGAUUACCUGGUAAACAACACGCCACUCAACUGGUUGGUGGGUCCCUUUUACCCGCGGAUGACUCCAAAGCAGACUCACACAGCGGCCUCUGCUCCCAGCUGCACAGAGCAAGCGUCAAGCUCACUUUUCCCUCGGCCACAAAAGGAUGAGCCCAUGGAGGUGGAGAUGGAGUCACUAAAAUGCCAUCAGCAGUCCACUCUAGCGUUGCAUUAUGAGUCCAAGUAAUGGUUUUGUGAAAGCUUUGUAAUAAAGAGAUUGCAUUUUCAUUAAUGCUGAAUGCUUAGAAAUAUAGUUUCUAGCAGAAUAUAGCCACACCUUUUAUUAUGGCUUGUAUUACAUCACCUCCAAAUGUUUUCCUUCAGCUUUAGUCAGUUUUUCUAAACAGUUUAUUGGAUCUGCAAAAUUUGUAGUUCAUGAGUCUCCCACCCAACAUGACAAGACACAUAAUUCACAUUACUGAAAAUCUUGAAGUGGGGACUAAUGUUAAGUUUGGAACAAAGUCUUAAGUUUUUGUCACAAAAUAAAGCGUUCUACAAUA